ACUUCCUGUUUGGGUCAUCUCGCGUUGUCUCAAAAAGAACAAAUCUAACAAAAUCUAACAAAACAAGAGCAUAGUCUGUGUGUGUGUUUGGUUUUGGGAAGAAAAGAUGUCGGGGAAAGGAGCAAAGGGGUUGUUAACAAGCAAAACUCCAGCCCAGUCUAAAGAUAAAGACAAGAAGAAACCCACCUCUCGCUCUUCGCGUGCUGGUCUUCAGUUUCCUGUUGGGCGUAUCCACCGCCUUCUGAAGUCAAGAGCAACAGCCCAUGGAAGAGUGGGUGCAACGGCAGCUGUUUACUCUGCUGCUAUCUUGGAGUACCUGACAGCAGAAGUGUUAGAGCUGGCAGGAAAUGCAAGCAAGGAUCUAAAGGUGAAACGUAUAACACCUAGGCAUUUGCAGUUAGCAAUCCGUGGUGAUGAAGAGCUAGACACCCUUAUAAAAGGAACCAUAGCUGGUGGUGGUGUGAUCCCUCAUAUCCACAAGUCGCUAAUCAACAAAUCCUCCAAGGAAUGAUACUAUUUCGUUCCAUUGUGUUAUUAAAACUGCAUCCGCAUGAUGGAUUGCUGUGUUGUGUACAUUGCGUGAUAAUUCUUAGUCCAUUUUCAUUUGGACGAUAGCUGGUUUCCUUUUCGUCCUGGUGGUAACUGAACAAUGUAUGGUUUCGUUUGUGACAGUUUGCAAGUUGCGAGACAAUCCUCUAGGUUAAACAUAAAGUUCCUUGAAUUUAUUUUCAA